ACGAUGCAUCCAUCCAGCGCACCUCCUGCAUUCCCCCGGCCCAGCCCCCCUCUCCACUCUCCUCUCCUCCCCUCCUCUCCGAGUGUGUGAGCUACGGUCACCGCUCCAACCAGAGGAGUUCUGGGUGAAGAACCGCAAGGAAACAACCCAAACCGAGGCGAUGGAUCCGCCAAAGGAGUAACAGUGCGACGGGAAAUGGAGCUCAGGCUCUCAGUGUCCAGCUGAAGAACGCAGAGACAAACAGAGGACAGAAGAAGCUAGAGGUUCAGCAAGAGGCUCUCUGGCCCCAUGUCUGCCCCUGCACCAGCCAGUAGGAGGUCUGGGUUGGGCUCUCGCCGGUUUGACUAUUGCAGGUUCAUAGAACUUGACUACGUCCCCAUGGAGACAGGCUAUAUGGUGUCAAUGCGCCCGACUAAAGGCCUUGCAGCAACAAAAUCGCCGACUAAAGGAUACACUUCCACCAAGUCUCCUGAUCGCCACAGCCGCUCUUCAAACUCUCCCUCAACCCCUAAUUCCCGGCGGACACCAGCCCAGCCCAGUAAUAGAGAUCCUUAUGGCAACACCUCCCUCAGCAGCAGCAGCAACUCAGGCUCUUGUAAAGGCAGCGACUGCAGCCCAACCAAAGGACGUCAUAAAAAGUAUGGUUCAUGUACGGAAAACCAUGGUAUCAGACCCCCACCACCAGAGCAGUACCUUACACCUCUGCAACAGAAAGAGGUGUGUAUACGACAUCUGCGGGCCAGGCUAAAGGAAACCAUCACCACUCUGCAAGACAGGGACACAGAGAUAGAUGAGCUGAGAGGCCAACUUUACAGGAUGCAAGAGGACUGGGUUGAGGAGGAAUGUCACCGUGUGGAAGCUCAGCUGGCCCUGAAAGAGGCGCGCCUGGAGAUCCAGCAGCUCAAACAGGCUGUGGACACUGUUCGUGCCAGGCUCAGUGAUGCUGGGGGGCUAAGUGGGGAUGUAAGUGUCCAGAAGUACUUUCAGGACAUCAACACCCAAAACCACAAGCUUGAGAACCUUUUGCUCAACAUGGAGAUAGCCCAGGCUGGAUUAGCCAAGGAGGGGGAAGCAAUACCAGGCUUUCGGAUGCGUGUUGGUGGUUCAGCCCCAGCAUCUGUAUCAGGUGAAAGUCCAGGGGGUGUACCCAAACCAGCAGUAGGUGGGAGAGGGUCUUGCUCCUGUGAUGCUUCCCCAGCCCGUUCUCUGACAAGAAGCUCCACCUACACUAAGCUGAGCGAUCAAGCACUGGCGGACCGGAACAGCAAUGGCCAAGACUUUCCUUGUCUUUCAGGUGAUGGUACCCAGGACAGCGGCAUUGUGUGCGGUGAGAGCAGUGUCCCCAGCCGGGCCGACCUGCUGCUGGAAGCUGCUUUCCUUUCUGAGGAAACAGCAUCUUUACUCAACUCCUACACACAGGCCUUUGCCCACUCUCUGCCCAUCCCUCUGCCCCACUCACUGCCUCACACUUUCUCCCAAACCUUACCUCAUUCUUUCCCUCACAAUUUGUCCCACUCUGUGCCCCACGCUAUGCCGCAUUCCGCUACCUAUGACAGUGUGUGCACAGGCGAACGAAUGGCACCUUUUCGCUGCGGCUUGGGUGGAGUAGGCUGUAUUAGCCAUCCAUGCCUGUCUCACCACCACCUCUACCUGCACCCCUUGCGUGAAACAGGCAUUCAGACAGAAAGCUGCCCCAUUCCUGCAACCCAAGGUUACCCAUCUGAUCUGGACACUAUUGCUGAGCAACGCACUUUCCGCUCCCAGGCCUGCAGCCCCACCUCCACCUGGAUGUCUGAUGAGGGGGAGGAGGAGUUGGACUCAAUUACCACCACAACUUCAGUUACCACAGCAACAGUCAUGAGCACGGCCACAGAGCCGAUUCCAGUGUCCAGAACACCGUCUGUCCCUACCUUGCCCCGGUCUGCAACUGUAGCAUGUUCAAUGGAUAGUCCUCUGUGUGCGGGGAAAGAUGAAGUGGAGGAAGAGGAAAAGCAGGAGAGAGAGAAAAGAGAGAAGGAGCUUCCAACUCCAGAAAAGCAGGAGAAAACAUUAGUGAUCAGACUGGCAGAAGAAGGGCAGCUGCCACAAACCACCUUGGUGAAAGGCAAUGAGGGGGAAGCUGAGCAUGAGGUGGAAGAGGAUGUUUCAGCAAAAGGUUGUGAUUUAUCAGAGACAUCAGCAGGGAUGGAGGGUGAUCUAACAUUUGGCGGCUGCUGUGGAGAAGGCAAACUGAGUGGGACAUCAGUUGCAAAUCAUGACAUGCACCAAGAAAGUGGUCAAUCAGCAGGAACAACCCAGGUAGAGACAACAGAGCCGGCUCCAAGUGCGCCAGGAUUCUCGGCAGGCACAGAACAGCCUCACACCUCCCAACCAAGGAGUUCUGCUUCCCACAUGGAACUAGCUGGUGUCACUGUAGUGGAGGUCCAUGAUGCGGACAAUGAUGAAGAUGAAACUGAAGAGCAAAGCACAACAGGGGGCGCCACAGCAGAAGGGGGAGAUCCAUCUGGUCCUGGGACAAUUGAGAAAAGCUACUGGAGUCGACACUUCCUGGUCGAUUUGCUAGCAGUGGCCAUCCCCGUGGUGCCGACAGUGGCUUGGCUGUGCCGUGGUCCCGUCCGUGGUGGACAGCCCAUGUAUCAUAUAGGAUCGCUGCUUCGAGGCUGUUGCACUGUGGCGCUGCACUCACUGCGCAGGGGAGGUGGGUUGAGGCAUUACCCCGCAGGCGGGGGAGACCUGGGUGGAUCACUGAUAUAGGAGGAGAUUCUGCUCUGCACCCCGCUUGGUCCUUAAGUACAACCACAGCUGUAUGGGUCUGGGUCUUCAUGUUGUCGGGAAAGAGAGAGAGGCAGAGAAUAGAGGAAGAGAAAAAUCUUCCUGUCUUGCUUUUCUGAUCAUGGUUGGAGGCUGCGAGUAGCAUCUGGUACAGGGAAUGCUGAUGAUAAAAAUCCCCAGGCCGGUAAAAACUCUGUUCUGUUUGGUACGGCUUCUUACCGUCUCUCAUCCACUGGUCCUCGCUGUUGCUAUCAAGAUGUCUGCUAACAUUACUGACUUUGCAAAACUGAAUGAGCUGAAUGAAAUGAAUGACCUACUGAAUGCUUGGAUAUUAAUCGAUGAUUGUUUUGUUUUUAAAUGCAGGGAAAUGUCAAAUGUUUGUUCAUCUGUGGCUCAAUUUUGACAUGUAAAAUGAUCAAGUGUUGGUGAGUGUCUACAUGAAUACAGUAUGUAUGUAUAAGAGUAUGUACACGUAUAAUCAAAUGUUCCUGUUGUUUGCAGAAGUUACUUAACACAGUGCUCUUUGACCCAUGGCAAAGAGAAAACCCAUUACAGAGGCUGAAUCGACACCUUGUUGGUGAAAGGAGACAGUUUGGGCUUUCGAUUAGUGUCUUUGACGUCGUCAAGACCAAGAACAUUGAGUUUAAUUGUUAAAGUAACAACAACCUAUUUUUACACUAAGACUAGAACCAGGGGAAACAGUGAGCAAAGUAAACCUACGAGCGCCUAUAAAACCGUCUUCUUAAAUGAGUCCUUCGUGUUGUCUUUGCACAGGUAAAGUGUAAAAACAACAUCAUGUGGCUUUAAGGGGAAUCAAUGCUGGAACUAUUUAAUCAUUUAACAACACAUC